UGUCAUCAUAGCAGCUGAUCACGUGACCGAGGAUCCCACUGCAUCUCUGCGGCGCCCAUCCAAGAACACAGGUGUUGCUGGGGCUGUACUGAUGCAGAGGCGGGUUUGUGUCUCGUGUGUGUAGCGCUCGGUGUGUAGAUGCCCUGCGAUCUGGCUGUGAUCACGUGACUCGCGCGCCGCGCUCUGGCCGUGGAGCGGACUCUGCCGGAGGAUGGAGGGAGCGGCGGAGCUGAGAUGGGACAUUGAGCCUCAUAAUGGCAAGAGCUGUUUUUUCACUCAAGCGACUUAUGAAAAGUAUUCCUUGGCACCAACGCUGGCUGAACUCAUGCUUCUGGCAAACAAAGUACAGAAGGCUCCAGAGAAAUCCCCAGAAAAAGAGAAGGCCCCCAUUUCCCAGCCCACAGUCCCAGAGAGAGAUCAAGCUGUCACAACGUCCACGGACAUUCAGUCUCUGCCUGAGCCACGCGUGCCGUACCCCCGCUUCUCCUCACUCUCUUUGUUGGAGCAGAGGACAUAUGUACAGCUGAUGAUCAAAUUUAUGGGCAAGAAAUGCUUCAAACCACAUAUAAUACAACUCCGGGAGUAUGAACAUUAUCAGUUUCUGGAGUCAAAGGCAAGCAUUGAGAAUGCAGAGUUUCAGAAAUUCCUUCAGAACAGUGCCCGGAACUGUAUGGAGGAUUACAACUGUCUCUCACCAGAUGCACAGUUAUACACACAGGAAGUACUGAAGGCCAGCCGGUCAUACGUGAAAAACUAUCCCGAGUUUUACUUUUAUCAUGAAGUCACCAGUAUGCUAGGUGGGAAGAUCAUCCCUGACCUCACCUUAAAGCUGGAGAAAUGCCUUUUAACAUUGGGUGAAGCGCAGUUUGCAAAAAUUACUUUUCCCAAUUCUGAACUUGUUCUGCAAACUAGUUACACGAAAGUGUCUUCUAAGGUCCCACCAUCCAGGAAAGCUGAGCAUACGCACACGAGUGUAAGCUCCGAUCCCAACGCAACAAAGUUAGCUGCAAAGUACUGUCCGCAGGUUGUCAUGACGUCCCAGGCAUUAUAUGCCCUUCUUAACAAUCAUGGGAACAGCUAUAAGGAACAAUGGGAGAUUCCUUUUCGUGUGGAUACCAUAAACAAUGCAGAGGGCAAAACUUCAAAGGUGGUGUACAUCGAUUCACCUCUUCCCAAGAAGGAGAUGAGUAUCCGGGAGAAGAGUCAGAUGUUUCACGAGGUUUCCUUAGACCUAUUCAUGACAAAGAAAACAAAAGUUUUAUUGGAUCUCAUGCACUUUGAUAAAGAAAGUGAGAUCUCCAAUACUUGCAACGAGGACAGUUUUUCCAGAACGCAGAAUACAAGUGUCAACAUGGAAUUGGAUUUUGAAAAUGAUGUGACUGAGCUGGAAACCUUUGGAACCAAUAAUAUUUCUAACAGAGCAUCUCAGCCUGCAUCUCAGCCUGCAUCUCAACCUGUGGAAUCUGAGCCUACUCCUAAACCUAUCUCAAUCUCUCUAGAGAAGUCCCUCAUGAACAAAUUAAUGAUGGAGAAACAAAUUCUCCAAAGUACCAAUCAAGAAAAUAAAGAUGAUAAAGAGAGAGUAAUUCCCGAGAAAAAAACUAACUCUGCUAUUAAUUUCCUCUGGUCAGAUUCAGAUGAUACAUCUUCUUUUAAAGGAUUUGAGUCAGAUGAGCUCAAGGACUCCAAGGCAAAGAGGGAGAGGGAUGGAGAAGAUUCAUGCUCGGAUGAGGGGAGCACAGAAGAGCAGACCUUUCAUUCAAAAUCUGAUAUCUCUUUGGAAACUGAAGAGCAAUCCUACACAAAGGGCCAGAUCUGCAGUGACUCUGAAGAUGAGCAACUGGUCAUUGAUGUUGGUGAUGAAAAUAAAAUGGAUUGUAGCAAAACGCUUAACUCUUAUUCAGAGAAAAGUGUUCUGACAUCUCCACCCCACUCUCACGUGCAAGAAUCCCAGAAGCUCCCCAAGCAAUCUGCCAGGAGACUUUCCAAAGAGUUUGAUCCUGUGGGUCAAAUACUGAAGAUGCAGACCCAGCUCCUUAAACCAGGGGCAAAAAAGAUGCAAGAACUCAAUGCACUAAACCAAGAGAGAAGUGGGCAGUUGCCUGUGGCAUUGCCCGUCAUCAACUCUGUGGCAGAACCAGUUGAAGACACUCCCAAGAAGACAUUGCAUGUUUCACCAGAUCGAAAGCCCUUACUUCCCACUGAUCUGCUAACGUCCAAAGACGAUCCGACUGAGUACACAUGUCAGCCAGAUGAUAAUUGUACGUACAAAUUGUUCAGCCUUGAUGACAUGCUUUUGCUUAUUCGGAGUAGAAUUCACAGAGCCUCUAAUAGAGUACGGACUCAAGCCAAAGCCAUCCGAAAGCACCUCCCUAUCCUUAUCUUGGCAAAGAUGGACUAUCAGUACUGUUACGGUGUCGAGAGACUGACAGAGAGUGAGGUUUGUCGUCUGUGGACUGAGAGCGUCCUGAACUCGGGGAGCUUGCUUUACGUUGCUCACAUUGAUGCCUUGACGUCAAAGUUCUUUAUGUUGGAGGAGAUCUCUUCCGAGGCGCUUAAGGACAGACUCCAAAGCUUCAACCCUGCAAACAGUCUCGUGAUGCUCCGUCAUAUCCUGAAACUUGUCACUGGUCUCCAGGACGGCUCUUACCUUCUGAGUCAUUCUUCAAGAGACUCUUCUGUCAGUAUCUACAAGGGCCUCUCACAAAACGGUAGAGGCUCUUAUAACCUACAUCAGGCCCACAGUCACCUCCCUAAACCUCCUUCCUCCCUAUCUGUACCCUGGGUGCCCUUGGAUCCUAAACUCCUGUUGCCGUACCACGCUCGUCACGGAUGGCCUCCUUGCACUUUUCCAGCAAUGAAUUAUGGGAAUACAGGACAUGUUAAGGAGAUUGCAAGAAAACCAUUCACUAAACGAGAAGCAGCCCCUCUGAUACCCCAGACUUCUGUAAGUAUGGCAACAAGCCAACUACGGAAGAAGAAGAAAAAUAAGGGGAAGAAGAGACGCAUGGAUAGGAUUGAUAGGUGGAAAAAAACACUGAACGAGUGGAAGACUCUCGCCUCGGCAGAGAAGCAAAAGACUUCAAAGGAAUCCGGCAAAACUAUGGAAGAAUUUUAAAACACUUGGGACUGCAGACAGAGAUAAGGAACGUGCUGGAGAUUGUGCAUUCCCGAAGGUUUCCGAUAGCUCAUUACAGAUACACAGAAGGGGGUUAAAUAGCCAAUUAUUAACCAUCUUCUCCACCUAUAUGUUUAGAGAAAUCUGAAGUGCAAUUCUUUGGCAAAGAAACAGAAAGCAAAUAUCAUACGGAUACUUUGCUGUGUAACUGCUACAAACAAUGCAUUGUGUCAGAAUAAGCACACCUUAUAUUGUUUCUUCAAACGAAGACUUCUUUUUCACCAAGGAUUCUAGGAGAUUUGUGCUUUCUACUCUUAAAGGACUAAGAUGGGUUCUUUGUGUUUGUCUAACAUUGGAGCAGACGUUUGAGUUAAUUCACAGCAGCCUGUAAAGUGAGGCACGUUGUAUAGUAGUGUAAGUAAGCUACAGAGAUUUCUAUUUUGUUGACGGCAGUUUGUAUAAAGUCGGAGGAUAACUGUUCUAGCUCGAUAUA